AUGGUCCAUGUGUGGGUGGGACACAGCUACAGCGUUUUGGGCGUGACAAUCAGCAGCAACACGUAUGGACAGACGCUCUUUUAUCAAGUCAACCUAGGCGACACACGAGACAACACGGGGUGCCCCACGCACGGUAGCUCCUGCUCACCUCAGGCCCAGAGUUGGUACGCCACGAGCAACCCAUUUGGUGUAUCAGAUUCGCCCGCCAACUUUGGGGCGCCUUGUCUUCGAAUGAGUCAGGCAUCGCCUGGCGCAGUGCGGGUCAAGUAUGAGCUCGACGUGCUGCCCAAGCUGCUCGCGGCCUUGGAACGGCCACCGGCUCACAGCAACCUGGGCACCGAUCCUGCGCAUUGGUUUGUUUCAAGCAUGUACAUUGGCAUCGGCUCCCAGGGCUCGGUCGAUCAGACCAUGGUCAUCGAGGAGGUGGAUCUUGUCACAGCCAGUCGGGCCUUUUCCAUCCCGGAAAUUGGAUUGGAAUCUGCCAAGACGGAGCAAGGUGGUGCUGCCAUCACGGUGCUGGAGCUACUGCAAGCGACCAAGGCCGAGGUGACCAACAGCCCGGCUUUUCAGCAGUUGGAUCAGGCCGAGGGCAUGGUGAAGUUGAUGGAGUUUGUGCAGCAGUUGGAUGAGGUCAUUGAAGGUACGAUGGACGCAACCCUGGUUUUGGAGGACACUCAGGACAAGAUGGCGUUCAUCGAGGUGCGUGAUUAUGGCUUUAACGAGGGGUUAAG